AUGUUUUGGUGUGAUGGUUCAUCAUUUGGCAACCCAGGUACAACUGGAUUUGGAUUUGUAAUUAGAGAUCAUGUAUGUCAGGUGAUUGGAGUGUUAUCUGGAGGCUUAGGCAUUGCAACCAAUUACAUAGCAGAAAAUUAUGCACUACUGUGUGCAGUGGGAUUGGCAGGUGAAUGGGGAUUACAAAACAUCAUUCUGUGCUCAGACUCCAAAACAGUAAUUGAAGAUUUUGCCAGAGAUCAAGUCCCAUGGUUCAUUAUAAUGAGAUGGCAGAAGGCAACAAGUAAAGUUUCUUCCAUUAUUUUUCAGCACAAUCCGAGGGAGGUAAACUUUUAUGCAGACACGGCAGCUAAGCAAGGAACAAGAUUGGCAGCAGGUGAAAGACAGAUGAUUCUUGGAAGACCAAAUUUUCUUCCCAGAGUUGAAAUGCCAGAUGUUACAUAUUACAGGUUUUGUUAUGGAGUAUAUUUCUGUCUAAUUUAG